GGAAACUUCACCGAUUGGAUGAUUCAUUCCUGGUCGAUUGAGAAAGCUUUCUAGGAACAGAGAUGGAAACCUUCAAAUCCGACGAACAGGAGGAUAAUCAGUCGUCCGUCAGGCCUGUGGUGACAGUAACCGAAAGUGAAGACUCGAAACGUGGUUUAAUCCAAGGAAAUCAGUUUUUGGCUCCCCCAGUUCCUAGUUUUUCCCCAGCAACGCCUUUUCAUCAGCCCAUGACGCCGAGGACUCCUGGGACGCCGAUGACAGCUGAAGCUGCUGGAAUUAUUCCACAACUACAGAAUAUUGUUUCAACUGUAAACCUGAACUGUAAAUUGGACCUCAAGCGAAUUGCUCUUCAUGCCAGAAAUGCCGAAUAUAACCCAAAACGCUUUGCUGCUGUCAUAAUGAGAAUUCGAGAGCCUAGGACGACUGCCCUCAUUUUUAGCUCUGGCAAGAUGGUCUGCACAGGAGCUAAGAGUGAAGAUGAGUCUCGUCUGGCAGCUAGAAAAUAUGCAAGAGUAAUCCAGAAACUUGGAUUCCCGGCUCGUUUUACAGAGUUCAAGGUUCAAAAUAUGGUGGGCAGCUGCGAUGUAAAAUUUCCUAUUAGAUUAGAAGGUCUUGUCCUCACCCAUCAACAGUUUGCCAGUUAUGAGCCAGAACUCUUUCCUGGUCUUAUCUACCGAAUGGUGCAGCCCAGAAUUGUAUUGUUGAUCUUCGUUUCUGGGAAAGUUGUAUUGACAGGUGCUAAGAAACGAGAAGAAAUAAACGAAGCAUUUGAGAAUAUUUAUCCAAUAUUGAAAGGAUUUCGUAAAACAUAGAAAUUUGGUGAGUGUUUUGAGUAAGUGAUUUGUGUUAGAACAGAGGACUGUCAGAAGUUAUUUUCAUGUUUCUUAACAUUGCAUGAUUACAAUAGCCUAAUUAGUACAAUAUUAUACCUACAUGAUGUUAAGUUGGAAACAGUAUGCAAAUCA